GACAACUACCAAACUUAAUAUUACAAAAAAAAGAAGACUCUUAGGAGCAAUAAAAACAACAACAAGUUACCACAAACACUCUCUUUAAAAGUGUGAAAAAAAGAAAAGAAACCUUUGCAAAACUGAAAAUUUCUAAAUCCAAAAAGAUUUACUGCAAAAAAAGAAAAGAAAAUUUUCAAGUGUUCUAACAUAUAACCAACAUAUUGUGUGAUAAAUUGUGAAUAAAUUUUUGAAAAAAGUUAAAAAAGAAACUUAACAAAAUGCCAGUUGAUAUUUAUACACAACAAUUUGUGCCACCAAGAGCUUCAGCUCCUAUACCCGUUGCAUCGUUUAGCGGUUCUGACAGUCCUAUUUCUUGCUCGCCUAGUGAUAGCUAUAAACACUACAACAUGAAUAAACUCUGCCGUCAAGUGUCAAUUGAGUCGCCCGGACCACAGGUGAAGAAUUGUGUUUUCAACUUCUUUGUACCCAUCGAAGAUACACCACCAUGUGGUGCUCGCAUCAAAAUCGUAUGUGCCGGUGCCUGCUAUAGACGUCGUGAUCGUUCGGCCUCCAUAACCAGCAUGUCAUCAGUUUCAUCCGAUCUCGGUGACUAUUGUCCACCACCGCCCUCGCAAUCCUCACCAGCACAUGCUGGUGUACGUGAAGGUUCAUUUUUCCCCGGCUAUGAAGUGGCCGGUGUUAUUGAGUCAUUGGGCAGUGAAGUGACAGAUAAAAACAGUAUGGGCUUGAAAAUUGGUCAACGUGUUAUUGUCUAUCCAUUUGAGGAAUCACCCACUGGUUAUGCUGAAUUAAUGGCUGUACCAGAAUUGAAAUAUGUUGUACCCAUUCCUGAUAUAUUGCCCAUGCCAGUGGCUGCUAUGUUACCCACUGGUGCCCUAUUGGCUAUGAAUGCUGUGUUUAAGGCUCAUGAGAUCGUAACGGAAUUGUUGAAGAACAAGAAAGCCGAUGAUCCCAAUCCAAAAUGUAAAAUUUUAAUAGUUGGCACUGGAGGCUUGGCCUUGUGGGCUGUACGUCUGGCCGCCCAUCACUUUGCAAACACCGGAGUGGAUAAUUCUAUUGAAAUAACAGUUGCAAGUCUCAGAGAUGAGGGCUUCCGUCUAGCUACAGAGAUUAAGAAUGUCAGCGUUGUCCAAUGGAAUGAAUGCUUGUAUGAACCCCAAUUAAUUGAACGUACUAAAGAUUUGUGCGGUGGUCCCGUAGAUGUUGUUAUUGACUUUGGCACUACUUCUCGCAGUCUUCAUCGUUCCAUGCAUUGUCUCAACAAGGGUGGUUUUGUGCUUAUCAGUGAGGAUGUGGCUGAAAAAUUAAUGCCCAAAUUCUCCAGACUCUCCAUUGAGAACAACCAAACAAUAAUACCCAUUUCAAGUGGUUCGGUCGAGCAAUUGCGUAAAUUGGUCGAUAUCGUAGCGAAUAAGAAAAUUGAACCUCCACCACAUUCGGUAUUCCCCUGCGAACAGGCUGCCGAAGUUAUACAGAAAUUGUGUAGUUCAGAAAUACCUGGACGUGCUAUUUUACGUUUCCAUGAUAUUGAAUAAUUUCGCAAAAUUUCAAUUCAGAUUCAACCAACAAAAAACAUCAACCCUAAAUCAUUUUUAGUAUUAAAACCAAACAAAAAAAUAACAGAAAUGAAAAAAUAAUCAGGUCUAAAAUGUAUUUUGGAAAAGUUUGAUUCAUCAUGCUCUUGGUAUACAAGCAAAUACAUACAUACAUUUUUUUAAUAUUAAAAAAUCAGGCAUCCAUUUAUAGAUGAUGCCAAGUAAAUGUCUAUUUUAUUGUUAAUAUUUGGACCGUAGAAUUAAUAUUAUAUAAAAAAAACAAAAAUUACAAAGCAGGUCAUCAUAUUAGAUGUUGUACUCAUAACUUAUAAUUAAGCAUACAUUUUCCUUAUUAUUUGUAAGAACUUUGUUUAUAAUUUUAUUUAAUUUUUUAAUUUAAUAAGUCCCAAUAUUGAUUUAAUCAAAACACACAAGUAUUCUUUCAUCAAAUAUCGAUCGCAAUAAUGGUUUUUAAUACCGCUAUUAAAGCAAUGAAUUAGUUUAUGUUUUUUUUAUGUAAGCAAACUUACUGUUCUUAUUAUUGUAUAUUUAUAUUUAUUAUUUUUUAAUGUAUUUUUUUAUUUUAAUUAGUUAUUAUUAGUUUUUAAUGUAUAUUUUCAUUUGAUUUAUGAUUUUUUAUAAAAUAUUAAAACAUAUUAAAGCAUUGAAUGUUUUUUUAAAUUAUAUAUAUAUAUAAAUUACCAAAAAACAAACGUAUAAAUUUGUUAAAUAAAUUGCUUAACUCUAAUGUUAUUUCACUUUGGCUUAGAUAUCACUCAAAACAAAACAAAAACCAAAAUUAAUAAAAAUGAUAUUAAAUAAAAAAGAACAAAUUUAAUAAUAAUAAUAUACUAAAUAAAAAAGUUAUUAAAAUAAAAUUUAAAUUAUAAUAAUUGAAAAUAUAAA